AUUUUCGAUUUCUGCCGUUAUUUCUAGGGUUUCCUCUCCCAAAUCUCCCGAGAUGCAAGACAACAUCCGCCAAUUAGUCACAAACUCUUCAAUUUCCCAGCCGCCGGUCCCCGAAACCAACGACCAAGCUGCUCAAUACGAUCGUCAGUGCCACGGAUUCUGGUAUGACGCCGUUUUGGCGGGUUCGGCGCUUCUUUUCGUGGUUUACCUGGCGGUGAACGCUAAGAAGAAUGUUGAGAAGCUGAGGAACGGAAGGUCGUACGUUUUGAUUUCCUAUUAUGCCCUUCUCUGGCUUGCUGCCGGACUUAACCUUUCUUGGUGCUCUCUUCAGUCAUGGCAAUGUGCUAAUGGAAGGGAGGUUGCUUGGAAUCUUCUGUCACUAUUAACCACCUCUGGGUUGUUAUGUUUAGAGAUCAGUUUGGUGGGUUUCUUACUUCAGGAGAGUUAUGCAAAUGGGCGGGAAGCUUUAGCACGUAUUUUCACUAUCUCAGGGAUCAUUGUUGCUGUCGAUAUGCUUCUCAAGGCAAUCUAUAUUUUUGGAUUUGGGGUCCUGCUCUUCUUUGAUGAUGUUGGAGGCACUCACCGAAUGAAGUGGGGGUUGUGGAUCAUUCAAAAAUUAUUACUCACUGCUGUUUAUGGCUACAUCUUGUUUGUGCAUUUCUCAAAAUGGAAACAGAAAUUGCCCCCUCGACCGGCAUUCUACAACUACGUAGUUAUCAUGUUUGCUGUUAGUGGUAUUGCACUGUUUAGUUCGGGGCUGGCUGCUUUUGGAAUAGGCUUUAGUAGUUGGUUGUACUAUUUGGUAGUCAUCUACUAUCACUCGGUCUAUCUCCCUUUCCUGUAUAUAACUUUCCUAGCCGACUUUUUCCGGGAAGAAGAUUUUCUGUUGGAUAAUGCAUAUUACUCUGAGAUGAGAGAUGCCGGGUUCUUUGAUGCAGAUUGGGAAUAGUGACUGCAACACUUGGCCUAAACAGCAGUAUAUUCGCCGAUUGUAUCAUAUGGAGGCUCCCCAAAUAUUUGAGAACCUUUGGUCUAUGUUUCUUUGAUUAUUUAUUUGUCU